UUGUGCAGAAAAUUCAAAACCGGACAUCGAAAUUUCAAGUGCAGCACAAAGCAGGCGGCGGUAAUGGUUCUGCUGGUGUUAGAAAAUUGCGUUGCUUCUUUGAACGUGGCGUUUGCAGGAUACGAUUGCUUCUGUGAAAAGUGAGUGCUUGCUAUGGUGGACGGAGUUUUAUUUAAACGAAACCGAUUAAAAAACUAUACGGAAGAAACGAUUCUGGUGUGUAAUGUGAAGAUGGGGAAAUAUUUUUUUUUCGGUCGAGAACAGGCAGAGCGUAAAUGUCCCGUGAGCUCUAUUCGGAGGGGGGAACAAUUCUCAAGGUUUCGAAGGUCACCCAAAAAUGCUAAAAGCCACAAUUGAGCUCGAACAGAAGGAUGUAAAUCCAGAUGAUAAUUUGGAACCCAAGCUGAAAUCGCCAACAACCGAAUCACUAGCGCAGCAAUUUUUCGCACCUCUAGUGACAUUCAGUACUAAUAAUAAUAAUAGCAAAGCGAGUUCAUCGCUGGAAAGUCGAAAGUGGCCGCUAGGUGCUAUCAACAGCACCACCAACCAAACACAACCGCAGCCAGCGGAACAGAUUCCAUACAUCAAACUUAAACGCUUCUGGAACAAGGAAAACGGUGGCUCCUACGAGCAAGAGGGCAUCGGUUUAGGACGUAAGCCAGGGAGACAAGCGCGCGAGCCAUCCCCUAAAAGGUCACGCUUCCGAGAGCUUCUUGAUCAGCGCAUUCGAUCGCUACAGGUGGAAGCAUCCCAAAAGUUACAACGCAAAAGGAAGCACUGCUUAAGCCUAGUGUCCGCUGAGAGAUUUAAAGAGAACAAAAAACAGAAAAAAAGCAACGGGUUUGUUACCCAACGUUCCUCAACCGAAGAGCAAUCGGAUCAGAUAAUCCAGUGCAGUCCUCCGGUUUUUAGCGAGGACGAGAACGACUUUCCAUCGCUACCAGCUGAUGAACUGAACGUGGGACUCGGAGAGAUUUUCGCCGAAGAAGAGAUCGAACAAUCGUUUUCCCGGUCCCUGUUUGAUUUCGAUUCCAUUUUUGCGGACAAAACCAACAGCAACCGGGCGGCGGCUCCCCGAACGUAUCCUGGCUGCUUCGGCAGUACCAGCCGGCUGUCGCUUUCGAAAGGUUUCCACCAACAGCAGCAGCAGACAACAUCCCGUUUGAAGGUUCACGACGAGCAUCGGCAAGGACGUCCCCAAAGCAAGGCCGCCCAGUGUGCCAAAGUAGUAGAACGCAGCGGCGCUGGUGAGGACGACAUGUCCAUUCACCACCAGCAACAGCAGCAGCAGCACUACCAUCUGCCGUGUACCGCCGCCAGUGUGAACAGUGUGAACACCGCCAGCUACCACCCGGAGGUUGCAUCGUCGACUACAACAUCAAUUCUGCUGCUGGCAGCAGCCGCAGAGGAUUCGAGUAAAAUGUCCGGUCACGCACAUUACACCCGAAGCAAAAUAACCGCCAUGCAGGGGCGCAUUAAUUUGAGCUCUGGCUCGGAUAUGACGGUUGCGUCAUCGUUGGGUGAGCUCCCGCGAAGUAAGGUUAGUAGUUUCCAGGGCCGCGUCGAUACGGGAACCGCCACGGAACUGGCAAUCGCUCAGUCCCUGAGUGAAGAGCAGCAAAGCAACAUUUUGGCUGCAAGCGGUUCGGCUGCGGCUCCAGCAGCGGUGGUUGUCAAUCUAAACUCUCCCGCAACCUCGGCCAGUAUCGUGGCUGCGGCAAACAUGAACAAUUCGUUAGCCACCCUGUGCAACAUAGGCAACUCGUGCUAUCUAAACUCGGUUCUCUACACGCUCCGGUUUGCUCCCAACUUUAUCCAUAAUUUACAUCAUCUAAUCGAGGACACGGAUAGCGUGUACCAGCGGCUUAGCCAGAACAAACUUAAAUCUUCCUCUCUCGGACGUAACAUCCCCGGUCUUCACGGCGCCAGUGGCCGCAGUUGGAGCAGCAAGGAUCUAGCUUCGCUAGGUAUUUCCUCGACGGCUACCAGUGGGACUGGUAAUUCCUCGACUUACAACAACCAGCAGCAGCAGCAGGCGGGAGCGGGUGCAGUCAACGGAACGACGGGUCUACCGCCGCCGUCGGCAGCGCCGGGCGGUAUUCGAGGCGAAGAGCACCUGCCACCGAAAAGUAACCGCCAGGUGGUAACCGAACAGCUGCAUGAACUGUUCCAGAACCUGCACCGGAACGAGGCUAUCGAAGCGGUGGAACCGUUUCACGCAGGGAAUAUUCUGCGCGCGGUGCAGGACGUUAGUGCAACGUUCGAGGGUAACCAGCAGCAGGAUGCGCACGAGUUUCUGAUGUGCGUGCUGGACAGCGUGCGCGAGUCCUGCCAGGCACUGAUCAAAACCAUCACCGACCAUCCGGAUGUGCUGAUCAAUGCAUGUCCACCGGUAUCGGAGUCCAUUGAAACGUUCGUGCCUGAAACGAAAAGCAGCCGGACCGGUUUGUUCUUCCGCCGGCGAAAGGAAUCGGUUAAAUCGGUCAAACCGAUUAACGGAGGCCUUGGCGGCGCCGGAGGCGGCGGUGGUGCUACCCUACCGAAGACGACCGGCGGCCUGAUCAUGCCCGGCGGCGGAGGUGACAGUGCGACCGUUCUGCUUGGUGGCGGUGGCGAUUCGCAAGCAGUAGCGAACCUCAAGAAUGCGGCACUGUUUGGCAAACCUUCCACCGCUCUGGACGCCGAGCUGGUACGGGAACGGGUACAGGCGUUGGGGCUGGACUUCUUCCGGGAUGACUUCGAGGGUGUGACCGUGUCGAAGACCAAGUGUCUCGCCUGCGAGACGUGCACCGAGCAGAAGGAGACGAUGAUCGACAUCGCGAUACCGAUCGCCGCCAGCGAGGUCAGUGAUGCCGCCAAGAAUCCACAGCUUUUCUAUCAGAACUCGUGUAUCACGCGGGAAUAUUUCCGGGGCGACAACAAGUACCGCUGCGAGGUGUGCUGCGGCUACAGGGAAGCAAUCCGGUCGAUCUCAUUCGAAAUACUGCCCCGGCAGUUGAUCCUACAGCUGAAACGCUUCAACGGCGACAUGGAGAAGAUUAACAGCUACAUCCCGACGCCGUUCAUGCUGCGGUGCUUCUGCAAUACCUGUUUGCCAAAGCCGGACUGUGAUAAGGCCCACAUCUAUCGGUUGUACAGUGUGAUAACGCACGUGGGAGCGCGCAUGUCGGUGGGUCACUACAUCGCGUACACCAGCUCGCUCGAUGUGCACGCGGAAUUCCUGGGCUGCGGGAAAGACCGACGGCGGCAGCUGUUCCUGUCGGGGGGCUCCAUCGACGGCGGACUGGCCGGCAGCGGAGCGGGCCUAAGCGCGGGCGGCGGAACCGCGGGAGGCAAAAGUGGCAGCGAAAAGAGCACUUCCGGACACUUGAAGAAACUGUUCAGCAGCAAGAAGGCCUCCAGUGCGGGUGAUAUGAGCAAGAAAUUCAAGAACAAUGUAGUGAGUAAGCUAAAUCUAAUCAACGGAAUAGAAAGCUUGGGUCUGAACAAUGGGACUUCGUCCGCGAGUAGCGGCGUUGCGCUUGGCGGUAACCAAACGGCUCCUUUUGGUUCCCAGCCGGGCAGUAAUAGUUCGAGCAGCAACGGAACUCCAACCAGCGCGUUGCCCAAUCCUAUUCCGUGCGGUGGGCUGAACUGCUGCGGAAUUCAUUUGAAAAAUAGUCAUCUUAAUUUGUACGGUAACAAUAGCUGUAAUAAUAAUAGUUCGACAGCGAACGUCAACAGUGGCAGUGGCAGUGACGGUGGUCUGACGGCCAUCAAUGGGACGCUACUGGACGGUGGGAGUGCCGGCGAUAUUCACACAAACUGUAUCAAUUCCUCCUCGUUGCUAACGACGGUCGGCGGUAACGGGCUGUCCACGACGACGUCGGCGGCCGCGUUCGAGCAGAGUCUAAGUCAGCAGCUGUGGCAUAUGUGCGACGACGACAAGAUCAAGGUGAUGUCGCAGACGGAGUUCGAAGAACUGCUCUCGCCGAACCGAAGGCACGUCAUCACACCGUACUUGCUGUUCUACGCCCGGUACGAUCUCGUGCCGCGGGAUCCUACGACGACGUCGGCAGCGGACGGCGGCGGUACGACGACGACGACGACGACCAUCAGCAACAACAAGACUGCUGCUGCAGCUGCUGUUAGCGACUGCUGCAGUGCCGAUCUCGACUAAUAUGCCGACAAGCGGACGGUAGGUUGUCUCUAGUUUCCUUUGUGUCAAGAUUUUUUCCUUUGUUCUCGGCACCUUUAUCGCGGAGAGCUGCCGGUAACUGUGUAACAUUGUGCUAAACCUAAUAGAAAUUACGAUUUGUUUCCAACUAGCACCGAAUAAU